AUGGACCAAAACACCGAAUCGUUAGCCCUCACACUCCUCUGAUGCAGCACGAUAGGCGUCGCGGUUCUCUCCGGAAUCCUCCCCAGCUUUAAUGGCCUCCACCUCCCUAGUGCUUCCGGUACCAGCACACCAGCCGUUACCCUUCUCCAAACGCGCUUCCACCAAGCCAGCAAAACCCCCGCCUACUUCCCCUCGAGGUUCAUCGCGUGUGUCGAGCGUCCCGAGGCCGCUUCCCGUGUGUGCUGCGCAUUUGAGGGCUUCACCAGCCCGCCCGUUGAGAUCUACAUGGGUUGCAACGGUGAGGGCAUGUGGCGCGCAGACCUAGUCAUUCUCGGCUGCAAUCUGCAGAUAUACGCUGAGAUGUUGGGUGAGGAAGGUAUGUGCGAGGCAUUGAAGGGUUAG